UUGUGUUUGGAAACCUGAAUGGGUCAUUUCAGUCCAGAAGGGUCGUAAUUUCUCAUAAUAUGGAUAAGGCUUUGAAAGAAGUGUUCGACUACAGUUACAGAGACUACAUUCUCUCCUGGUAUGGGAACCUCAGCCGAGAUGAGGGACAGCUUUACCAUCUGCUCGCAGAAGACUUCUGGGAAAUCGCCAAACAGCUGCGCCACAGACUGAGUCAUGUGGAUAUGGUUAAAGUUGUCUGCAACGACAUUGUGAGAACUUUGCUCACUCAUUUCUGUGACCUGAAAGCUGCCAAUGCCAGACAUGAAGAACUGCCAAGGCCUUUUGUGCUGCAUGCGUGCUUGAAGAACUCAGAUGAUGAAGUAAGAUUUCUACAAACAUGUUCGAGGGUUCUGGUGUUCUGUCUGCUCCCCUCAAAGGAUGCCCAGUCUCUCAGCUUGCGUUUAGUGCUUGCAGAAAUUCUCACAACAAAAGUCUUGAAGCCAGUGGUGGAGUUGCUGAGUGAUCCAGAUUAUAUUAACCAAACGCUCCUUAGCCAGUUGGAAUACAGGGAACAGAUGAAUGAACAUCACAAGAGAGCCUACACUUACGCUCCUUCUUAUGAGGAGUUCAUCAAGCUUAUUAACAGCAACUCUGAUGUUGAGUUCUUGAAGCAACUAAGGUAUCAAAUUGUAGUGGAAAUAAUCCAAGCGACAACAAUUGGCAGCUUCCCCCAGCUGAGGAGGCACAAGGGUAAAGAAACUGCUGCAAUGAAAGCUGAUCUCCUCAGGGCCCGGAAUAUGAAAAGGUAUAUCAACCAACUGACUGUGGCAAAGAAGCAGUGUGAGAAGAGAAUCAGAAACCUGGGAGGCCCGGUCUAUGACCAGCAAGAGGAUGGGGCUGUGGAUGAGGGGGAUGGCCCUCCAAGCCAAAAGAUUCUUCAAUUUGAAGAUAUCUUGGCCAAUACCAACUACCGAGAGCAUUUUCGAAUCUACAUGGAAAGGACGGACAAGCGAGCUCUGAUUCGUUUUUGGGAAUCUGUGGAACAUCUAAAGAAUGCUAACAAGAAUGAAAUUCCACAAUUAGUUGGUGAAAUUUAUCAGAAUUUUUUUGUGGAGAGCAAAGAAAUAUCUGUGGAAAAAUCACUAUACAAAGAAAUCCAGCAGUGUCUGGUAGGAAAUAAAGGUAUUGAAGUAUUCUGCAAAAUUCAGAGCGGUGUGUAUGAGAUGCUGAAGGAUAGAUAUUACCCUUCAUUUAUUGUCAGUGACCUGUAUGAGAGAUUGAUGACAAGAGAGGAUGAAAAACAUGACCCACAGUUGAUUUCCGACAAGGAUGAGAUGAACCAGGGAGCCGAGCCUGGUGAGGAAGCUGUAGAGGAAGGUGCGGCACGGAUUAACGAACAAGCCAGUUUUGCCAUAAACAAACUUCGAGAGCUAAAUGAUAAGCUUGAAUAUAAAAGGCAAGCUCUAAAUUCUAUUCAAAAUGCACCAAAACCUGACAAGAAGAUUGUCUCCAAGCUGAAGGAUGAAAUCAUGCUCAUAGAGAAGGAGCGCACGGACCUUCAGCUGCACAUGGCGAGAACUGACUGGUGGUGUGAGAACCUUGGCCUGUGGAAAGCCUCCAUCACCAGUGGUGAGGUGACAGAAGAGAAUGGGGAGCAAAUGCCCUGUUACUUUGUCAUGGUAAGCUUGCAAGAAGUUGGAGGAGUUGAAACGAAGAACUGGACAGUCCCCAGAAGGCUCAGUGAGUUUCAGAAUUUACACCGGAAGCUUAGUGAGUGUUUCCCUUCUUUAAAAAAAGUCCAGUUGCCUUCUAUUAGCAAGCUGCCUUUCAAAUCUGUUGAUCAAAAGUUUAUGGAGAAGUCAAAGAACCAAUUAAAUAAGUUUUUACAGAAUCUGCUUUCAGAUGAAAGACUCUGUCAGAGUGAAGCACUCUAUGCCUUCUUGAGCCCUUCUCCUGACUACCUCAAGGUCAUUGACGCGCAGGGGAAAAAGUCCAGCUUUUCAUUAGCCUCAUUUUUGGAGAGACUUCCUCGGGACUUCUUCUCCCACCAGGAAGUGAGUCAUCUAAAGGCGGAGGCGGAGGAGGACAGUGACCUGUCGGACUGUGGCGAUGAUGUGGAUGGGAGGAAAGACGCCUUGGCCGAACCAUGUUUCAUGUUGAUUGGGGAGAUUUUUGAACUUCGAGGCAUGUUUAAAUGGGUGAGAAGAACAUUAAUUGCUCUUGUGCAGGUCACUUUUGGGAGGACCAUCAACAAACAAAUCCGGGACACAGUGAACUGGAUUUUCAGUGAGCAAAUGCUGGUUUACUACAUCAAUGUUUUCCGGGAUGCUUUUUGGCCAAAUGGGAAAUUAGCACCACCAACCGCGAUCAGAAGCAAAGGACAAAGUCAGGAAACAAAGCAGAGGGCGCGGCAGAAGCUCCUUGAGAACAUUCCAGAUAUGCUUCAGAGCCUUGUUGGACAACAGAAUGCUCGCCAUGGAAUAAUAAAAAUAUUCAACGCACUGCAAGAAACGAGAGCCAACAAACAUCUGUUAUAUAUGCUGAUGGAACUGCUGCUAAUUGAACUGUGUCCUGAGCUGAGAACUCAUUUAGAUCAACUGAAAAUGGGUCAAGUUUAAGACUGCACAAAUAACCCCCCAGAGAAAUGUCUGUGUAAUAAUAGACAUGAAGCAUUUUCCUCUUUUCCACAGAGGGCCUGACUAAGAACUCUACUGAUUUCUAUUUAAGUCCCCUCCCUCUAGUUUUAUGUGAAGCAAGCAGAAUUUGGGGAGGGAGACAUGAUGCUAUCUAUAGUGGGCAAAGGGGGGGAUGCUAAUUACUGAUUUUUUUAUUUAAAUAGUGAUAUAAAUACUUUGAAGUUGAAUAUACGGAUUGAAAUACAAAUGUUAAUAUGUGGUGAGCACCUGGGAAGUAUUUUAAAUAUAUAUGAGAACGGUUUUGCGUAAACUGAGGAGCGAUGGCUGUUGUACAGUAAAUGCCCUCCCUGAGGAUUCUGAACAUCCCUGUAGCCUUUCGUGUGGGGGCGGGGGGAACAUAGUUGUGCAAUGCUUUGUGUAAAGUUCUUGUGAAAUUUUUUUGUCUUUAUUUUUACCAAAGAUUUCCCAUAGUUUGAAGCAUUUGAAGCAAUAAAAUAUAAGUGAACCCCA